AUGACUGUAGUACCAGGAGAUAACAUGGACGAGACCUCGGCGGUGCCGGGGCAUCCGCAGGACACCUACCCCCCGGACCAUGACGACCAUGAAUGCUGCGAACGGGUCGUCAUCAACAUCGCGGGGCUGCGAUUCGAGACGCAGCUCAAGACCCUCUCGCAGUUCCCCGAGACACUGUUAGGUAACCCCAAGAAGAGGAUGCGCUACUUCGACCCCCUGAGAAACGAGUACUUCUUUGACAGGAACCGUCCUAGUUUCGAUGCCAUCCUCUACUACUACCAGUCCGGGGGCAGGCUGCGGAGGCCAGUCAACGUGCCCUUGGAUAUGUUCUCGGAGGAAAUAAAGUUUUAUGAACUGGGGGUGGAUGCCAUGGAGAGGUUUCGGGAGGACGAGGGCUUCAUACGAGAGGAGGAGCGCCCUUUGCCCGACAAGGAGUUCCAGCGACAGAUCUGGCUACUUUUUGAGCACCCCGAAAGCUCAGGCCCAGCCAGGGGGAUUGCCAUUGUGUCUGUGAUGGUCAUUUUGAUCUCCAUCGUCAUAUUCUGUCUGGAGACUUUACCUGAACUAAAAGAAGACCCAGCGGGUCGCUAUGAGACUGUAGGCAACACCACUUUCUAUUACAAGCCCAACAUCCUGACCGACCCCUUCUUUAUUGUGGAGACUCUGUGCAUCAUCUGGUUCUCCUUCGAACUGAUAGUGCGCUUCUUCGCCUGUCCGAGCAAGGCGGCCUUCUUCAAGAACAUGAUGAACACUAUUGACAUAGUGGCCAUCAUCCCAUACUUUAUCACCCUGGGUACUGAGCUGGCCGAUGAGGCAGACGGGAAAGCGGAGGGAAAGGGUGACCAGGCAACGUCAUUGGCCAUCCUCAGGGUCAUCCGUCUGGUGCGAGUGUUCAGGAUCUUCAAACUUUCCAGGCAUUCGAAAGGACUGCAGAUCUUGGGUCAAACCCUGAAAGCCAGUAUGAGGGAGCUGGGGCUGCUCAUAUUCUUCCUGUUCAUCGGUGUCAUCCUGUUCUCCAGUGCAGUGUACUUUGCGGAGGCCGAGGAGCCGGAUUCACACUUCAGUAGCAUCCCGGACGCCUUCUGGUGGGCGGUCGUAUCAAUGACCACCGUUGGCUACGGUGACAUGGUCCCAGUGACCAUUGGCGGCAAGAUUGUCGGCUCCCUCUGCGCCAUUGCCGGUGUGUUGACCAUUGCGCUUCCGGUGCCUGUGAUCGUGUCCAACUUCAACUACUUCUACCACAGGGAAACCGAGGGAGAGGAACAGGCCCAACUCCUCAACGUUAGCAAUCCAAACAUAGCCUCUGACACGUCCAGUCGCCGCAGCUCCUCGACCGUGAGCAAGUCGGAGUACAUGGAAAUCGACGGCGACAUUAACAACAGUAUCGACAAUUUUAGGGAAGCCAACCUGAGAACUGGCAACUGCACUAUAACCAAUCAAAACUGUGUGAACAACACCAAGCUUCUAUCUGACGUGUAGAAGAAACACAGCGACUUGAGAAACACAUACUAAUGACAUGAAUGCUUCAUUUACCUCCUUAGAGAGUCCUUGCAAUGCGACAACUAUACUCCGCAAAAGAAAGAAAAAAACACAACGAGAAAAAGAAACAAGCCGUUAGAUAUCCGAAAGAUAGUAGCUGUUAUUAAUUU